AUGGCGGCCCUAGACGAAUACCUGGACAACACAAUGGAGGCCGACGACAUCUUCCCCUGCAAGGGUUGCGGCGAGAUUCUUGAGGAAGGCAAAGCCUUUGAGCUUGCCGGCCAUAGGUGGCAUCUCAACUGUUUUCGCUGCAACUCCUGCGGUACCCUCCUCGACUCCGACGCCAACCUCCUCCUCCUCGGCGACGGCUCGCUCAUCUGCAACAACUGCACGUACAGCUGCAGCGCAUGUGGCAACAAAAUCGAAGACUUGGCCAUCCUGACGGGCGAACAGGCCUUUUGUGCUACCUGUUUCCGCUGCCGGAACUGCAAGCGCAAGAUCGAGAACCUACGCUAUGCUCGCACGUCCCAAGGCAUCUUUUGCAUGAGCUGCCACGAGUCUCUCAUGGCCCGUCGUCGGAAAAAGCACAAAGCCGCCGCGCAGGCCAAAGCGCGAGAAAAAGACGGCUCACCAAUGAUCACAGACAAGUCGCUGCCCGCCCUGCCACCACAGACGCCCACGGAACUCUCACCACGCCCUAGAGUGCCCUACCCACGAAACGAACCCUCGUCCCUCAGCAGCAGCAUUCGCCCAGACCGGUCUCCAGAACGUUCGUCGACGGAGGCCCCGCCCAGCGACACGAGAGACAGUUUGACCGGCUCCAAACCCUCGCUCACCCUGCCGCCGUCCAACUACCGCAACAACCGCAGCUCUGCCAUGUUUGGCGGCAACGUCGACCUAGGCGCAAGCGAUACCGAGUCCUUCUUCAUCCCUGUGGCCCUCGAUCCCAGUCCAGGCCUUUCCGCCACGCCUCGGUCUGUAUCUGACUCGCUGUCCGACCCCAAGAAGGGCAAGGAGCGGUCGGAUUACUUUUCAGACGGCAAGAGCGGCGACUCGCAAGCCUCGACGCCGCACAUCGCCUUCCAAGAGAAGGCCAUCCCGCCAGGCUCAACCUCUACACCCGACUACGACAGCAGUGGCACGACCUCCAAAGACUUGCUUUCGCGCAAGCUCUCAAAGAACUCGAGAACGGAUCGCAGUGUCUUGUCGUCCGGCACCAGCAGCGCCGGCGAAGACCACAAGCACGCUGCGCCCUCCAAAGGCCGCGGCGAAGAGUUCAAGUUGCAGGAGGCGCCUAAGAGCAAGAAAGCAACGGCAAACUCGCGGGCGAAUUCACAAGCCAACAACUCACUCGGAAACGCCCUUGAGUUUGACACGCCUAAGGCGUCUCGGCGGGACAAGGAGAACACGGCGUCGCCGCCUGCUUCGACGUCCGCGUCGAGCAUCGGUGGCCGCUCAUCGCAAGACACGCGGCAGGCGCAGGACGGCGAUGAGUACCCCGAUUCGAGCGGCCUGACAACCCCCACCAGCCGGCCGAGCCAGAGCAGCGACCAGCAUGUCCGUGGAGGUCCCAUCUCAAGAAAGGAGCUGCCGGCCUCCGCCCGUACUGUCAAUGGCAUGCCUAUUUCCAGUCCCCUCGGCAAGCCAUCGCCUGCAGAUGAGAUCCCGCAGCCUGCGCUGGCACCUCCGCCUGUUCCUCGCCCCGCUAUGCAGGAACACAAGUUGAGCGACACCUACAUGCAGCCUCGUGCGCCACCCGUCCCACCGACCGCUGCCCCUGCUCCCCCGAUUGCGUCGUUUCACACUCCGAGCAACGAGUCUGUGGCCAGCAGCACCGUGUCAAGCAGCGAACCUCAGUCGCCUCCCAAGGGCCCGUCACCUAAGCUCCCGCGCUGGAGCAACGGUGGCGACUUUAGCAUGGACGAAGACAUGGCCCGCAUACUUGGCACCGAUGAGAGCUCCUCUUCCAUUCUUCGCCGCGUUUCGAACGCCGUCCGGCACGGCCGCAACAGCAGCGCCGAAUCAAGCAACUUAAACCACGGCAACGGCAUCUCGCCGCGCGGCCACAACCGCAGUCUCAGCGAGACCACCCGUGCCACUGCAUCGCCGCGCUGGCCCAAGACACCGAUUGUCGAAGACUCGGGCGCCCGCGACAUCAGCAGCCCCAUCUCGCUGUCGGGAGGUGCCACCCAGGAGGACCCGGCCCUGCUCAAGCGUCGUCUACGCAACUCAGAACAGAGAGUGGCUGAGCUGGAGCGCCAGUUUGGUGCCGAGAAGGAUCUCAAGUCCCUCAACAAGAAGCUUUUGGAGAAGCGGCGCACAGUCUCUGUACUGGACACCCAGGCCGAGAUUAUGAUUCGCCAGCUGGAGGCGCUGGCCGGCUACGUCGAGCGCGCCAAGACGACGAAGCAACCCAUCGACGCCAAGGAGCUCGAGGACUCAGCCAUCAAGGACUUUGUGCAGAGGCUGAACGAGCUGCAAAGUACCAUGGCCGUGACGAUUGAGCAGCUUCAUGCGGAACGCGACGCGCUGAUCGAGGAGAAGAACCAGGCGGUGGCCAACCGCGACCGUGCGCUACUCGAGUUCGAACAGCUGUCGUCCAAGAACGCCCAGUUGGCUGACAUGAACAACGACCUGACACACCAGAUCCAGGAGCGCUUCAAGUCCCAGGUGGGCCCCGAGCAGGCCAAGUCGCCCAACGGCCUGGGCAUCUACCACAGUCACAAAGGUCCUUCGAUCUCGUCGAUGAACCUGGACACAGCCAGCAUCCAGACCUCGACCAACGCCACGCUGAUCGGCACGGAUGGCGAGGAGCCGAUUGUCGAGUCCGGUCCGACGGUCGUAAACAUCCGCAAGGGCCAAGUGCGCAAGUUCAACUGGAAGAAGGGCUCCAAGACGGUGGCCCAGAACCUGACCAAGGGUGUCAACCGCGCGGUCGGCGCCUUCCAAAACGACCGCGAGCAGCAGCGGGGUGGUCCAUACCAGGGCUUGACGGGCGAUAGCAUUGGCCUGCCCUACAACAUGACGGUGGCCUCUGUCGACUCGCCGACUGCCUUUGGCGCCCAGACGGCGCAGCAGAUCAACCGUGGCCCUGGUGAUUUUGGAUCCACGGGCAGCGGUGUUGGUGGCGCCGGUAGCAGCGGUGGCGUCGGCGGCCGUGGCAUCAGCGGCCCCAUUUCCGGUCCCAUUCCCGGUGGCGUGUCCGGUGGUGCGAGCGGUCCUGGCAAUGCCAAUGGCGGGUUUGGCUUCUUCUCCAAGAAGUCGGGCGUGCCCAAGUCUGGUACAGCUGCCAGCCUGAUGAACAAGGAGGGCCCACCUGUUGCGGAAUCACCGAGCACGCUGUUCGGCUCCGACCUCGUCGAGCGUGCUGACUACGAGCGCCGGCAGAUCCCCAGUGUCGUGACGCGCUGCAUCGAGGAAGUCGAGCUGCGCGGCAUGGACAUUGAGGGCAUCUACCGCAAGACGGGCGGCAACUCGCAGGUCAAGGCGAUCCAGGAAGGGUUCGAGAAGCAGGAGGACUACGAUAUCUCGGACCCGGGUCUCGACAUCACAGCGGUGACAAGCGUGCUGAAGCAGUACUUCCGCAAGCUGCCCAACCCGCUGCUGACGUUUGAGGUGUAUGAUAGUGUGCUGGAGUCGAUCAACAUUGUGGACACCACAGAGCGCUGUGCCCACCUGCGCAAGACAUUCAACACGCUGCCGCCCAAGCACCGCGAUUGUCUUGAGUUCCUCAUGUUCCACCUUGCCCGUGUUGCCAACCGCGAACGCGAGAACUUGAUGCCUCCCAAGAACUUGGCAGUGGUCUUUGCACCAACUAUUCUCCACACCGAGAACCUGGAGAGAGAAAUGUCCGACAUGCACUCCAAGAACCUCUCGAUCCAGUUUGUCAUUGAGAACAGCCACACCAUCUUUUCCGAGGCAUGA